CAGAAAUAAAACACGAGGAACCAGAAACCUGGAGAAUAAAAAACGAGGAAACAGAAAUAAAACACGAGGAACCAGAAACCUGGAGAAUAAAACACGAGGAAACAGAAAUAAAACACGAGGAACAAGGAGUAUCGCUGUCGGCCAUGCUGGCUUGCUGUGAGCUUGUGUGGACAGCGUGCAAUCCUAUUGGCUUAACAACGGUUGCUGUGACGACGCAGCGCAAAGGAUCAUGAGUUCAUUGAAGAAAAAGAGGAAAAUGAAAAAUCGAAUGAAGUUGAGGAGAAACAUAAUGUCAAAACUGGUGGGAAAACUUUGAGUUGCUCUCAAACCAAACAGAAAGAUUUAAAGAAAAAAAGCACUCAGGGUGGAAAAAGUUUCACAUGUAAAUCAAAUCUUAAGCAUCACAUGAACAUCCACACCGGAGAGAAACCUUACAAGUGUUCACACUGUGACAAGAGAUUCUAUAAUUUAACAAGUCUGAAAACACAUGAGAGGAUCCACACUGGAGAGAAACCUUACAAGUGUUCAAACUGUGACAAGAGAUUCAGUCAAUCAUCAAAUCUGAAAAGACAUGAGAGGAUCCACACUGGAGAGAAACCUUACAAGUGUUCACACUGUGACAAGAGAUUCAGUCGGUUAACACACCUGAAAACACAUGAGAAGAUCCACACUGGAGAGAAACCUUACAUGUGUUCACACUGUGACAAGAGAUUCAGUCAGACAAGAUAUCUGAAAGCACAUGAGAGGAUCCACACUGGAGAGAAACCUUACAUGUGUUCACACUGUGACAAGAGAUUCAGUGAUUUAUCAAAUCUGAAAACACAUGAGAGGAUUCACCCUAGAGAGAAACCUUACAAGUGUUCACACUGUGACAAGAGAUUCAUUCAGUCAGGAGGUCUGAAAACACAUGAGAGCACUCACACAGGAGAGAAACCUUACAAGUGUUCAAACUGUGACAAGAGAUUCAGUCUGUCAUCAAGUCUGAAAAAACAUGAGAGGAUUCACACUGGAGAGAAACCAUACAAGUGUUCACACUGUGACAAGAGAUUCAAUCAAUCAUCGAGUCUGAAAACACAUGAGAGGAUUCACACUGGAGAGAAAGCACAUCACCGCAAUGUACGUGGGAAGUGUUCCAUUGAUUCAUCUGUUAUACACAAAAACCAACCACAGUAAGGUCCGUACACACGGAGACGCAUUUAGUUGUAUAUGUAAAUAUUUUGUAUGGUAUAUGCGUUUCGUCCAGACGGAUCCAGCAUUCGGGGCAGUGAAAACCCUAUUUAAAUAAUAAAAAAAAAAAACAGGUCCCAGAGUGGAUAAAUCUGAAAAUGACACCUUUGUGUUUUUCUGUACUGCCAAUCCAUAUGUUUUGUAAAACAAUGUCAUCACCCCACGUCUUGACCAUAUUCAGACAAUGCUACGUCAUUUAACACCAACAACAAUGGAGGACUACAUGUUUGUGCUCAUGCUGCAGAAGCUACUGAGUCUGUAAGCUUGACUAAACUUACUAGUAGAGCAGCACGAUAUUGGAAAACAACUCACAUCGCGAUAAUUUUUCUGAUUAUUAGGAACGCCAUAGUAAUAGUGUGUUUGACCCCCUUUCGCCUUCAGAACUGCCUUAAUUCUACAUGGCACUGAUUCAACAAGGUGCUGAAAGCAUUCUUUAGAAAUGUUGGCCCAUAUUGAUAAGAUAGUUGGUGGAGAUUUGUGGGAUGCACAUCCAGGGCACGAAGCUCCCGUUCCACCACAUCCCAAAGAUGCUCCAUUGAAUUGAGAUCUGGUGACUGUGGGGGCCAUUUUAUUACAGUGAACUCAUUGUCAUGUUCAAGAAACCAAUUUGAAAUGAUUCGAGCUUUGUGACAUGGUGCAUUAUCCUGCUGGAAGUAGGCAUCAGAGGAUGGGUACAUGGUGGUCAUAAAGGGACGGACAUGGUCAGAAACAAUGCUCAGGUAGGCCGUGGCAUUUAAAAGAUGCCCAAUUGACAGUAAGGGGCCUAAAGUGUGCCAAGAAAACAUGCCCCACACCAUGACACCACCACCAGCAGCCUGCACAGUGGAAACAAGGCUUGAUGGAUCCAUGUUCUCAUUCUGUUUACGCCAAAUUCUGACUCUACCAUCUGAAUGUCUCAACAGAAAUCGACACUCAUCAGACCAGGCAACAUUUUUCCAGCCUUCAACUGUCCAAUUUUGGUGAGCUUGUGCAAAUUGUAGCCUCUUUUUCCUACUUGUAGUGGAGAUGAGUGGUACCGGAGGGGUCUUCUGCUGUUGUAGCUCCUCCGCCUCAAGGUUGUGCGUGUUGUGGCUUCACAAAUGCUUUGCUGCAUACCUCGGUUGUAGUGAGUGGUUAUUUAGGUCAAAGUUGAUCUUCUAUCAGCUUGAAUCAAUCGGCCCAUUUUCCUCUGACCUCUAGCAUCAACAAGGCAUUUUCUCCCACAGGACUGCGCAUACUGGAUGUUUUUCCCUUUUCACACCAUUCUUUGUAAACACUAGAAAUGGUUGUGCGUGAAAAUUCCAGCAACUGAGCAGAUUGUGAAAUACUCAUACCGGUCCGUCUGGCACCAACAACCAUAAAUCACCUUUCUUUCCCAUUCUGACAUUCAGUUUGGAGUUCAGGAUAUUCUCUUGACUAGGGCCACACCCUUAAAUGCAUUGAAGCAACUGCCAUGUGAUUGUGGAUUACAGAUUUGCUCCCACUACACCCGAUGCAACAGAGAGCUGCGCUGGACAAGACUUCUGUGUGUGUGUGUGUGCAGGAUACAGGAAAACAAAAUGAUUCAUGGGACUCCACAAAUUAGAAAUAUCUAAACAUAAAAUUUCUAAAACAAUUAAAUUGUUAUUCAUUUGUUGCUCAAAAGCAAAAUGAACUAAUAUAAAAUAUACAUGAUAAACAGGUGUAAGCGUAUGCAGAGCUUUUAUUUAGGCUAUAACAGGGAUUGAUGCGAGAUACUGAUCCAAAAGCACACCUUUUGUUAAAAAAGGUUAAAUUUCUUCCUUUUAAUAUUCCUUUAAUAAAGCGAGUUUGUCAUUAUGGUUGCUGUUUUCAUUUCAAAUAAAUAAAACAUUGAACCACAAACUAA